CUGAAACCGUCAAGUUGACAAAUGCUGUCAAGACCCCUUCGAGUCUUCAUUAGAUCCUGCUGUGCUUUAAAGAAUACCCUAAUUAUCAAAUCUUGAAUCUUGGCCGAGAAGGCCAAGGCAGCCCAACAUCGAGAUGCCAUCCAGCACCCUGCGCAUCGCACGUCCAACCAACAAUCUCUCAGCGCUUGUCAUAUUCUACACUACCACACUUGGGCUCACUGUUCUCUCAAAAUUUGAGAAUCAUGCAGGCUUUGAUGGAGUGAUGCUCGGCCACCCAGACUGCAGCUGGCAUUUGGAAUUCACAUAUCAACAUGGUAUGACUGUGGAACGCGCUCCAACCAAAGAGCAUCUUUUGGUCUUCUAUGUGAAAGAGAAGGAAGGGUGGGUGAAGGCUGUUAAGAGAGUGGAGGAUGCCGGAGGAGUCAAGGUAAAAAGCGAGAACCCGUAUUGGGAUGUUUGUGGGGCGACAUUUGAAGACCCUGAUGGGUAUCGGAUUGUGCUGCAGAAUGCGGGGUGGCCCUAGGAUCCCGAUCCCUGAUUCCAGGCUCCAAGCUAUCGCUGCCAUUCAGAAGUUGCUAAUUCUAGCAGUUUUUCCUUCUGAACGGGUCGCACAUGGAAAUGCUAUGUUCGGCAUAUCUCACAAGCCGGCUUGCGCUUCCGAAUCACGUGUGUGCUCUGCAAUACAGCAUAGCAAUUGGAGAUCCUCUCAUUGAGAAUCUUCAGCGAGAAAUGAGAGAAAAUAUCAAAAUCCCUUGCCCGCCAGAGUAUUGGC